AUGGCUGUUUCUUGUCCUGUCUGGUCUGACAGGAACUUCCAAGGUCGUUCCUAUGAGACCAGCGGUGACUGUGCUGAUUUCAGCCCCUACCUGAGCCGCUCUCACUCCUGCAGGGUGGAGAGCGGCUGCUUCAUGGUCUACGACCGUCCCAACUACAUGGGGAACCAGUACUUUGUGAGGAGGGGAGAGUACCCUGACUAUACCCGCAUGGGCAUGAGCGACUGCUUCAGGUCCUGCCGCAUGAUCCCCAUGCACAGAGGACAGUUCAGGAUGAGGAUCUACGAGAGAGAGCAGUUUGGAGGUCAGAUGUACGAGAUGAUGGAUGACUGUGACUCCAUCAUGGACCGUUACCGCAUGUCUGACUGCCAGUCCUGCAAUGUGAUGGACGGCCACUGGCUGAUGUACGAACAGCCCCACUACAGAGGCACGAUGAUGUACAUGAGGCCUGGGGAGUACAUGAGCUUCAGAGAUAUGGGAAUGAGCGACUGCUUCUGGUCCUGCCUCAUGAUCACCAUGCACAGAGGACAGUUCAGGAUGAGGAUCUACGAGAGGGAGCAGUUUGGAGGUCAGAUGUACAAGAUGAUGGAUGACUGUGACUACAUCAUGGACCGUUACCGCAUGUCUGACUGCCAGUCCUGCCACAUGAUGGACGGCCACUGGCUGAUGUACGAACAGCCCCACUACAGAGGCAGGAUGAUGUACAUGAGGCCUGGGGAGUACAGGAGCUUCAGAGAUAUGGGAUACAGCAACAUGAGAUGGAUGUCCAUGAGGCGCAUCAUGGAUACCUGUUAA